AUGCUUAGAACCUAUAGACAGAUGUCGACGUCGCUAGCGCGCUCGUCCAACAAGUUUGCCUUUUACGAUUUAGUCCUUAGGACCCCUACCCACCCCAGACAGCCUAUCGAGGCCGUGUUGAUGAAGCCCAGAGAGUUGGAGAUGCUUAAGGGCAAGACGAAGACCACAUUUGAGGGCAACUACGCUCUUGAGGAUCUUUCCGCGGAAGAGAGAAUCGCCAAAGUCUUUGGCGGUCGUAUCAAGGGCGAAGAAAGACAAAGCUCCAGUCGUGUGAACGUGGGAGAGCCAAGAAUCAUUGCCGGCGUCACGGUUCCAGACAAGCCCAAAGAGCCCGAUAAUUGCUGCAUGAGUGGCUGCAUUAACUGUGUUUGGGAGUUGUACAACGACGAUGUCAAGGACUGGAACGAUAGAAGAGCGUUGGCCGCUGGCAAGCUCAAGGAGCAGGGUGGUUUAUGGCCUGCGGAUUUCUACCCACCUGUCAAGCUCUUGAAUAAGGAGAAUAUCCCAGAAGAGUUGGCCAAGGCUUCUGACGCCGAAAAGGACUCCGCCGCUGAGGAGGCCUGGGGUGGUGUCCCAGUGGCCAUCAGAGUGUUUGCACAGACAGAGAAGCGUUUGAAGGCCAAGAGGCGUCAACGGUCAGAGGCUGCCUAG